AUGCUACGUUCUCUGUCACCUGAAUGUGCAAAACUCCGGAUUGCCUUGGCAUUCCCCUUCCUGAAUGCGGGUUCUUUUAUUCUGGUCGAUUCUCGUCGUAUGUUUGCUCAUCUAACAGCAAAAUCGGCAGAUACCAUCCUUGUGCCAGUGAAUGCUGCUGUCGAGCUUACUAAUUUGCCGCUGAGUGUACACACAAAUGCGCAGGAAUUUGAGCCUAUAGCACAACCACCGCCACCAUUCAUAUCUAGUUGUGUUAUUUGUGAUGUGAGUUUCUCAUCCCAGGAAGAAAGUGAAGCUCAUUUCGGAAGCGAAGACCACGAAACUGCUCAGUUUUUCUCACUUUCACAGCUGACGCGAGAUUUGGACACAACCGCGCUCAACAGUGACAAUUUCCCGCAAUUUACGGCAAAAACAGAGGUAUGCAAGCUUUGCAUGGGGCAGUUUCAGGAUCGCGAAUAUCUGCUGGCACAUAUCCGAAGAGAGCAUGAAAGAGAUAGCAUUGAUUUGCUGGAUCGCACUGAUUUGUUAGCUCGGCGUCGUACUUUAGACUAG